AUGGACUUUCCAGAAUUUCGUCCAGAAGUUCUCCUAGUAGUCCGUAAUGGCAAAUAUCACACGGGUACCAUGAAAGGCUGUUUCAAGACUCGCCAGAUCUCAGAUAUCCGCCUACACUAUCUCGAACCCCUUUACGGCGAGGGCCUUCGCCUUGUCACUCUCGGUAUCAUGGAUCAGGCUACGGGUAUUCCAUCCUCCGGCUUUCAGAAAUGA